GUACUUGAGCUUCGGUAGUCAUGUACUGCCUCGGAAUAUCACAUUAAUGCGGUUAGUAGCGACUAUAGUACUAUACGUAGUAGGUGACGAACAGCGCCCAGUCAGGCUGGCAGGCCGCCGUGCCACUGCUUGUUGAACUGCCUCCGCUCUUCGUGUUAUCAUAUACCUGGGACUACCACUUUUCUGCAUUGUUAAAUACCCUUAGCUAUCGUGUCUGAAGCCAGGCACGGUACUACGACGAAAGUCCGUGGAUAAUUUCCAGCCAUUCGUUUCGCAUGUCACGGCCUCAGCCUUUACUCUCCUUCGAGGUAGAUACCUCUGGACAAGACACUUCCCUCAAACACGACGGUUUUGAUUCAGAGGUCCGGAGAACUUGGUAUCAUUACCUACCGCUAUGUUUGCUACUUUUCCUCAUGGUAGCUCCCUAUCCUUCGUUGCUCAUUGUACUCGUAAACCACUAUCUUUUCACAUUAAACAAGCCCACCGCCUUCGUUGUUCAUUUUUUGAUCACUUUUACCCUCGAAUUCCUCGCCUUUGCCUCCCUGAUGGUUUGCGUAGUUCGUGAUCCCGGUCCAGUAUACAUGGACGCUUCCGACCACGAUCCUAUCCAUCAGCCUGAAGAUAUGGGCCUUGCAGAAGCUUUGAUGUCCAUGGAGAACACUGACGACGACUGUAGUCCUGACAAGUUUUGUCGGAAAUGUUGGGUACCUAAACCGGAGCGUGCACACCAUUGCAGCGUAUGUGGCCGCUGUGUUUUGAAGAUGGAUCAUCAUUGUCCUUGGCUCGGAGCUAAAUGUAUCGGACAUAGAACAUACCCAGCAUUUGUUCACUUCUUGACUUGCAUCACUGCCUUCUCCGCAUACGUCGCUACUAUAUCUAUAUCUGCAGUCUGGUGGUCUUUCGAUAACCCACUUCUGGUUCCGGACGAGUCUACCCCCGUUCAUGAAUUGUUACUCGCCGCUGCUGGCGUGAUUUUUACUCUGGUUGUUGGUUCCUUCUUGGUAUACCAUGUUUACCUCAUCACCACUAAUCAGACUACUGUUGAAGCUCUGUCACCAUUCUUGUUAUUGAGAUAUAUCCCUCCGUUACCGGUGUCCAUGAAGUUGUCUGAACCUCCAAUGGAGGAAGAGCUAUCAUACAAUCAACGUAGAGUGGUCCGUGAUGCACAUAGGUUCGUGCGCAUGUACGACGUCGGAUGGCGGAGAAACUGGGCGCAAGUUUUCGGAUGGAGCAAGCCGCAAGGGUGGCUUUAUCUUCUUCUCAUUGGGGGCGCUGUGAAUGGUGAUGGGCGGUCAUUUCCACGCAAUCCACGCUCACAAGACAUGCUAUCCCAGCUCGCGGCCCGCCUCGAGAAAGAAGCUUGAAAUAGAAUGAAUUGUUGAGUGACUCGGUAUAUAUCACAUUAUUAAGUAUGUUGCGGAGAUGUAAGCCCGUUGGUGUUGCCAGUUUGGCAGAACUAGUAGUAAUUCUGCCUGGCAGAUGGCAGAAUCCGGCAGGAUAUCAAACUACGGUAGGGGAAAUGAUGUUUCCCAGUGACACCCAUGCAUUGUCAUAUCUAUACAUAUAGUUGAAAAUUUGCGUUGGGCCCGUAAAAAUAUUCCUGCCUCAAAGCGUGUUUCUGUAUUUAUGGACGAACUUCGGACAAGUCACACAAUGUCACAUCCGCCCGAAA